CAUACGUAGGCCUAUCAGUUGAGCUGCACUACACUUGUGUGAGUGUGAGAGACUGUCCAGGCUCCACUCAACAGAAUGGCCCUCAUCACGUCCAGGACAAUGCUACUUGCUGGGGGGAUACUGAGCUUCUAUGCACUCUGUGUCUCCACGCAAACCCCUGAAACAUCAUUCCUGGUGAUGUUUCCUGCCCACAUAACAUCAGGGUCUGAAGCCAAAGUCUGUGCCACUUUGCUGAGUCCCAACGAGACUCUGCUCAUGUCAGUCUAUCUGUCAGAUGGAGAGGAGAAGAAGCUUUUGCACCAGGAGACAUCAGACAAGGAAUUUCACAGCUGUUUCACUAUUCAGACUCCGUCUGUAAACAAGGACUCUGUGCAGAGCAUGACAGUGGAGGUGAAAGGUCAGACUAGUCUCUGGACUGAACAGAGACUUGUUAAAGUCCGCCGGAAACCUGCUCCCAUCACUUUCAUCCAGACGGACAAGCCCAUCUAUAGCCCCAGCCAGACAGUGCAUUUCAGGCUGGUCUCCAUGGACACCAACUUCAUUCCCCUCAGUGAAACGUACAAUCUUGUCACUCUGGUGGAUAGCCGCCAGAACACCAUUGGACAGUGGCACAACUUGACAUCAGAGACCAAGAUAGUGCAGCUCUCCUAUGGCUUAAACCCAGAGGCUGCACAAGGCAUUUACACCCUCAACGUCGCCGCUCAACAUGGCCAAAAAUCACUUAAAUUUGAAGUCAAACAGUAUGUACUCCCCAAGUUUGCAGCUGUUGUGAACACCCCAGAGAAGAUCCGUAUUGGUGCAGAAGAAUUAAAACUGGAAGUCUGUGGCAAAUACACAUUUGGCCAGCCUGUAGCAGGGACCGCUUCCAUGUCCCUAUGUCGGAAAGUCAAGCGAGGAUAUCAAAAUAAACCACCUUGCUCUGCUGUGUCGCUGGAGAUGGAUGCCACUGGUUGUGCCUCUCACGUUUUCAGCAUGGCACCGUUAUUCCAGCCCGACCCAAUGUUUAAACAUGCUUUAACAUUCCAAGCCACUGUAGCUGAGGAAGGCACUGGUAUCACUAUGGGUGACAGCAGAGAUAUUGGCUUGGAAUACAAACUUGGAAAACUGACAUUCAUCGAUACACCAAAUAUAAUUGAGGAGGGAGCUGUUUUGAAUGGGAAGAUCAAACUCACCCGUUAUGAUGGUGCCCCCCUUGCUCUCCAAACCGUUUAUCUAUUUGAAGGUCCACUAUGGAAUGACCUCAUCCAGACCCUCACCACAGACUCUGAUGGAAUGGCCCAGUUCUCUUUCAGCACUGCUACUAUCUUUCGAGAGAUUUACCUCACCGCAAGUUCAUUCGACAGUCUCCUGCAUUACAGUGAGACUACUCCACAUUAUGACUCUGAAUCCAAAUAAAUCCCCAUACUGAGGCCAGGCA